GCUGCAGCACACCUACAUAAGGCACUUUAUUCCUAGUACGGCAUGGCUGCCUCCCAAUCAGUCCCGGUCACCUGGCGGAAGUGGGCACGGCGCCUCAACCCUCUUUCUUCCUUCUCCCCUCACUCUGAAACAUCUUCCUCUGUUGCGGCUCUCUGUCGAUGAUCGGAUCUCCCUGUCUUGCCCACCGAACCGGUCACCUGUGAUCGAACCUAAGUCUGUUCGCUCUUAUGUCCGUGGCUUGCCAUCCCUGUCUCCCCCAUGUCACAUCAGCUCGUGGCAGCCGUGUGGGAACAGCUAGGACGUCGUGAUCUUGCCAACAUCCUGCGUGAAAUUAUCGGAGAGCAUGCGCUCGACAUCGCGCUCUACCAGCAAGAUGCCCAGGCCCCGGUCGAGCCUCUCAUCCGGUCCGUCUUCUGGAUCAAGACCAUCUUCGAUGCGCAGCGAACCUACCUCCAGGGGUUGAGCAGUGUUCGCGACUGUCACCCCUACUUUAUACCCUAUCUACUCCCAACCGAGAGCGUCUUCUCGGCGCUGAUGUACCUGGUCAAGAUCAAGCUCGAGCUCUUCCCCUGCCCCAAGUCGACAGAAGGGGAUCUCAUCCGGUACCGGCUCCUCAUUGCGCAUACACUACUUGUGGGGAUUCGAGUGCUCUUGCUGCGUGGAGAGACGAUAGAUACCGACCGGAAGUUCAAGCUGGAGCGAGCAAUGAGGGCGGCUUGGCGGAACCCGGACCUAUCAAAUGUCGAGCGAUUCCUGAUCACCGAUCUCCUCCCAAAGGCCAUUGCUAGGAUCGGUUCCUCAGAUCUGUCGGCGACUCAGGCAUUUCUAUUGGACAGCGCGAAACCCUAUCUUCCUCCCUUCGCGACGGGGCUUGUAAGUUAUCCGAUUACGGGGGCGCCAGAUAGGCUUAUCACCGACCUUCUCACGGGUGUGAUGAAGAAUGACGCAGACCAGUUGGUAUCCUUCUGUCUCCUAUUGGAUAUCUUAUGGGCAGUUGACUCGGCACUCAUUCAAUGUCACAUUGAUCGCCGUCGAAUUUCCCAAGAGCAAGGCUACACGAGCCCUGCAGCUUACCAGGUGGAUGAGGCCUGUAACCAGGCCCAAGAUAUCAAGAAAAAGCUCACAAGGACAGUACUGGCCGCUUUUGAUGACGAGUUUAAUAAUGCGCCUCUUCGGAUAUUUGCGUCUAUAAUUCUGAGUCAAACCGGUGGUGAAAACCCGCCAUUGCAGUCGCGAAGAAAAAUCCGGGAUACUUGGUCCCAGAUGUCCCCGAUUCGCGACUGCUGGGAGAAGUCGUCAGCUCAGUUCGUCCGGUGGCUCAUCAAUCGCAGAGUUCAGAUGUGGGACUGCAACGGAGAACUCGAGGCCUUUUCGCAUGAUUACCAACAACAUCUCACUCAAUGGCUGCAAAGCUCGUCGGCUGCCGAAGUGGAUCAAAAAGCGCAAUUGAGGCCGGGACGAUCUAGUGCUGUUUAUGUUGUCAACUGUCCUGCGGUGCACCCGGUACCCGGAACAUUGUUGGAGGAAAGCUUAAGGAGCCAUGACAGGAGAGCAUACGAGCAAUUACAAGGAAGUCCAGAGUUUCUGACGAUGGACAUCGAUUGUCCCCUCUGCCCCACUAAUACAAGAAUACAGCAUGCCCGAAUGAUUGAGCCUCUCGAGCAAUUAUCGGAUGCGCUGCAUUUUUUUUCGGACUCGGACGCUGAUGGACACGAUUCCCUUCCGACUUCCAGAGAUACCACGUCCUGCUCCAGUUCGCUCAGUCACUCCACCAGUCAGUCCUCACGGCUCGAGUCCACAGAGCUGUCCAAACGCCCGAUCUCGCCUACGUCAUACCCAGCUGCACUGUCCAAAGUAACAAGCAAACAACCCACGGCCACCACGUCAGAAGUCUUUAGUCCAAUCCUAUCGCGUAGCAGGACAGACCAGACAUUUGACAGGCAGACGAUCAAAACCAUUUCUCGAGACAUCAGGAAUGUCAAGCUGCCCUUUGCGAGUAGCACGUCCCUGUUCAGGAGAAAUUCAGCCAAGGGACAUCAGCUGCCUCGCCAGCCCCGAUUUUGCUUCUCGAGCUCGGGGAGCUGCCUGCUGUUUUGGGGCGCAGGCAGCAACUGGGUGAUGAGAUUCGAGUCGGGUGGUGGAGAUGGGAAGAAGCCCAAGGGGCAUAAAUAUGACAUUCCUAGCGUGCAACAAGCCGCAGCAGGGGACCAGCGAUGCGCUGUCAUUGCUUCUGUUGGGCAGCACUACGAACUCAUCGUGUUCGAGAACGACAGCGACGUCCCGCAAGCUUACCUGACCAUCGAAACCGAGAACCGGUCUUUCCCCAUUACCUGUAUGGUGAUGUCCCGCAACGAUCGAUACGUUGCCUUUACUCUUCACGACCAGGUUCGAGUAUACGAGAUAUGCACCCGAACCAUCCAGAGGGUCUCGUUGGGUAGUGGAAUGGAUCGGUUGUCGGACUUUGGUGAUCGAUCGGUGAUGGGCGCGUCUCCUAGUGCGAAGGGAACUGCAUACGAAGGAAAAAGACAGGAAGCCAUCAUCGAGAGGAAACUUCAAUUUUCCGCGGACGGGAAGCACUUCGUUAUCGCCACGCACCUUGGAGACCAUUUCGCAUAUGUCGAUGUCUGGAACUGCACCUUCCAGCAAUGGAACGUUGUCCCUGACAAGUCGAAAUCGUUCAAGCUCCCACCGUGGACCAGUAACGACGGAGACUUUACCGGAGUCUUCUAUGACAACACCCAACAUGCAGUUCUUCUGACGGCCUUCUUUGCCAAAGAAUACCCGUCCUUCUUCUCCAUGACGGAUGACAAGAUCGUGAACGACUCCUUCAGCACCCGCGUCGUGCAUGCAGCGCAGUCCCCCUCUGGGACUCGCUUUAUUUUCGCGAACGGCAUGAGUGAGAUAUAUGUGUGUGAUCCGAAGCCCAACGGGCGCCUCAAGCCGUCUCGAGUGAGAAAGGCUUCUUCCAAGAUCUACGAAUCAGUAUUCCGGCCCGGACAGCUGGCGUUGUCCUUCCCCCAGGAAACCGAGGCGCUUGCCUUCUGGGUAAAAUCGGGCAAGUUGAUGCUGAGAACAAUCCGGAUGCAGGAUGGGGUCGAGGCAACCAGCGACUACGAUCUGCGAUCCGAUUUCGACCGGCUGGUGGUGGAACGACCGCUGGCUGCUGAUUUCCAUACCCAACGCCGGCGGCACUCACUAUUAUCGAGUGAGCUGGUGGCGGAGAUUGACGGCCUUCCCUCCGUCCCGCGGCCAGAUUUGCCCGAGCUGUCCUCGAUGUGAUUUCGAGGGCGAGAGGCGUGGCGGGUGAAGUGUUAGUAUUGGCGCA